GUCGCUCGAUGAGCGGGGGCGCUGCAGCAGCUCAGCGGUGGCGGCUCUGCGCCCUCGGUCCUCCCCCCCUCCCACCCUCCUUCCUCAGCUUCCCGCUCCCUCCCCCGCCCGCCCUGCGCAGCCAGCGGGGACUGCUGCCCGGAGCUCCCCCGGAGCCUCAGGUAUCCCGCCCCGGCACGCGUGGGGAGGAAGGAAGCCUGGCGACGCCCCUGCCCGCCGGCCCCCAACGUCCGCUGGGGCAGAGAGCUGGCCUGCGCGGGGACCAGGUGGCGGACACUUCCUCUGUGGGACACAGAAGAGUGCUGGUGAGCAGAAAGGAUGCCUCCUAAGUUCAAGCGCCACCUAAACGAUGACGAUGUCACGGGGUCUGUGAAGAGCGAAAGGAGAAAUCUUUUGGAAGAUGACUCGGAUGAAGAAGAGGACUUUUUUCUUCGGGGACCAUCUGGACCAAGAUUUGGACCUAGAAAUGAUAAAAUUAAACAUGUUCAGAAUCAGGUGGAUGAAGUCAUCGAUGUAAUGCAAGAAAAUAUUACAAAGGUCAUUGAGCGGGGAGAGCGGCUAGAUGAGCUGCAGGACAAGUCAGAAAGCUUAUCGGAUAAUGCAACUGCAUUCAGCAACAGAUCCAAACAGCUCCGAAGGCAAAUGUGGUGGCGUGGAUGCAAAAUAAAAGCCGUCAUGGCUUUGGCUGCAGCUAUCCUUCUGCUAAUGAUUAUCAUUCUUAUAGUUGUGAAAAACCGUACUUGAUUUGAUGACAGAGAUCCUCAUUAAACAAGAUCUGGGACAAUAAUAAUUAAAGAUUGCUGCAUAAUUUAAAUGAAACCUAUGUAUAUAAAACUUUCAAUUUUUCUUUUCCAAGAAACUAAAAGGCAAGUACCACUUCAAAUUGGAGCAUUGAGAAUAUCCAAUUAUGUUCUUCCUAACUAGCAAAAUGUGUUUUGAAUAAUUAUAUUUAAGACAAAGAUAACUCUAUUUUGCUUUAUUCCAAGGAUCUAAUUUGAAACUAGAUACUUGCCAGUUUGUUAUAUGUAUAUAUAGUUAAACACUGAUGACAAUAUCCCAUACUUGUGUUUUAGUGGCAUUAAAAAUGUUUAUUAAUACCUUAAAGUGAGGGUCAUUCUGGUGGUCAGGAAGCCUGUGUAGAGUCCUGACUCUCAUGCUGAAGGAGAUUCAUAACCAUCCUAUCAGUAUUUGCAAGAAUGUCAUUCUUUUCAUAUUGUAGUUGCUUUGCAGGCCAUUUCCACAGUUACAGAUUAACAAAAGCUAUGUGUUGUAAUGUUCUGCCUUCAGCUCUACCUGAAACAUUCCAGUAAACCUAUUCUGACUGUAUAAGGGAAUACGUGGUAAUUUUUUGGUAUUUGCAUUUUGAAAAUGGGAAAUUUAAACAGUGUGAAAAGCAUAAUAUGGUACCAUAAAACUGGAGAUAAUAAAAGUAUUGGAGAAUGUCAUUGGAGUGUCUGAAAAUGAGCAGUAUGUAGCGUCCAGUCUUGGUCCAGUCGAUUGUCAGUUAAACUACAAUAAAAAGGGACUAAUUCUCAUGUGAGUAAGUGCAAUCUGCAGGUAAUGUUUCCUUGAUUUCAUUUGUUAAUAGUUUUCCCUCUUUACGUUUAACUAGCCCUGUGCCAGAAGAGCGUAGUCUUCUGCUUUGACUGUCAUGUUUCUCCUGCACUCCACUCUUGGUGUGUUCUCUGACAUUUUUGGGGACAUAGAUGGUGCACAGUCAAGUGUCCAGACUGCCAGUGGCAGCGAAUAGCAAACUGUCAGGAGCAUGGGCCAUCUGUACAGAAUUAGUCACAGUGUUCAGGGGCAUACCAAGAUGUGUUCAUUGUAAAGAGUGCCAACCCCUUAAUACUGUUUUAAAAAGUCCACGUGCAAAUCCGUCCUGAGUGCAAGGGGAGAAAGGCAUGACAGUCAAACCAGAGACCGUGGGAACUUCUUCUUAGGCUAGAAAUAGAGUUCACAGGACUUGCCAGUAUUUGGGGUGAUCAUUUUAAUUCAAAAUGUAUAAAACAAUUUGGAUUUUCUUUGUUUAAUUCUACAGUGGAUAGUACUAACAGAUAAGAAUGUUUUUAAUGGAAAGAAACUUCAAAGGCAAAAGCCAGAUUAAGUGAUAUCCUAGACACUUGCAGGAUCUAGCUAUAACUUCUGACUGUGCAAUGUCUUGCAUAUUAUGGAAAGUUGACUGUUCGUUAGUUCAUGUGCACAGCAUCUGAACUGAUGAUAAACCCUUUUGGAAACGAUGGGCCAAGGAGUGUUCUCAGUCUCAGCAGCUGGUAGUUCAGGGAUGGAGAUGUUUUAUUUGAAUCAGCAGAGUUGGUCCUAGUGUAUUUGCCUUUUGUUUGGAUUGUAACAAGACUCAUAAGUCAUUAGCUUUCCACUGAUUAGUGUAGAAGUCUUGUUUCAUUCAGUGUCUGUUAGUGAAGAUGAAGUGUUUUU